CGCACAUCAUGGGCUAUUCAAACCUGCCGCUGGCUGCCGUAAAAGGAGGCUACCUGCGGAUGUAGCUCCGAGCCGCACAUUCAUUGGCCGUCACCUCCCUCUGACGGGGUUUCCGGCCCUGCUCUCGGCGGGCUGCAAACUGUUUUUUGGUGUUCCGCCUACGUUACCGUUAUGUUUUGCUGAUAUCCACGCUCGCGUGCCCAAAGGGUAAACUACUCACCAUGGUGUGGAGGAACGCCUUGAACAUCUUCUCUAUGAACAACCCUCCGUCUCCCUUGUUGAACCAGCAGCAGGGUUGCCUGGUGGCUGCAUUGGACACUUACCCGUUGGACAAGCGGUGCCACGAGCUGAGCCGCCUGUUCCACGAACUGCCCUUUAAGGAACUGCAACACUACCUGCCAACAGUCUUGGAGCAUGUAUUUGGCUUUGGUGCCAAUGUGGGCUGGGGCCUGCAAAACAUCUCUCUCGGUCAGCCGGGAUUUGAGGCCCUUCGUCGCUUCCUCAGUCCCGAAGGCCCACUUCUGCUGCUCGUCUAUCGGCUUCUGUCGGACGCGAGCGUCAAGUAUGACUUCCCGGUGUCAUGCCUGCCUUCUGAUACCCGACGAACCCUGAGCACGGGCGGGGUGCCUCCUUUCUGCACUGGAAGGAUACCGUCGUUUGGAGGUGGACCACAGGCACCAACUGCCUUGCAGAUCAAUGCCUUCGAGCUCUACAUGUUCCAUUUUGCCUACUACAUCGUCAACCCAUCGCAGCCGGGGGCUCAGCACCAGGUUCAACAGCCCGUGCUCUUGGACAUUGUGGGCGGGGAAGGCCAGAAGGCAUCUGGGACCAUCCUGGAGUGCCUGUACCUGGCCCUGCUUCAGGACUAUUUGCACUAUUACCUGCCACACGACCGCGACGAUGCCCCGGAGCUGCCCGGCUACCACCCGCACCACCAAAUACCUUUCUUUGCCGGAAGCACACCACCCAGUGCACUGUACCGGGACCAUCAGGACUCGAUGCUCUGGCACGGGACGUCUCCGGGUGGACUCUGCCCCAACAGUGCCGGUGGUGUCCCGCACCGCCAUGCCAACAACGAGCCGUGCCUCAUCCGCAAGGACAUCCUGGCUAGCAUUUACUCGGGGUCCGGCAACGUAAACAACUUUUUACCGUCCACUCCACCACGUUACUAUGGUGCGACGAUGGCAUCGAUGCCGGCCACUGGGUUUGCAAUGCACGGAAUGUCACCAGUGGCAGCAGUGGGCUGCGGCAACCCUCACGCACGCGUCUCUGAGGCCUUCUUGGAGGUCUUGCUCGAGUUCUGGCUGGGCCGGCAGCAGGUGGCUGCAGCCAUGUUCGGCAGGCCUCCAGCAAGUCCAACGACGCCGUACGGGAGUCCAAGUGCCACGCCCACUUCCAUGUCAUUUCAUCACACCUUCAAUGUGACUGAGGAUUCCUGCGUGCCCAGCCAGUUCCACAUGCUAAUAGUGCGAGUGAUGGUGAAGCACCUGCACCAGUUCCGGUACACUGUCUGGCGGAACAGCAGCAGCAGCUCUGUUUACCCAUGCAACAUCCAGACCCCGAUGGACGACAUCAAGCUGAAGGUGUUGCCGCGGCUCUUUCGUAAGCGGCUCUACAUGUUCCUCAAGCAUGCCCUCUCCAGCUGGCCACUGGACAGCUCCUUUCGUCUGCCCCUGGAGACAUGGCUGAGUUUCAUUCAACCCUGGAGGUACGCCUCCUCACACAACAAGCUUGGUGGGCAGAAGCUGCACAGCCAGGGUGUUGAAGCCCACUGGCAGCCGUUUGUGCAGGAGCACCUGCUCUUCUACACAGAGCUGCUGAGCGUGCUGUUGCAGCGCUUCUGCCGCAUGGAGUUGGCAAGCCGCCACAGUGCGUACAUGCUCUAUCGGGUCACCAAGGUCUUUUUCCAGCCUAACCUGUUUACGAUGAUCACGGAAGCGGAAGCAAGCCUGGGCAGUGCUAGUCAGCCCACGUCGCCGACGAGCGGCGCUCUGCAGCGCCAGGCAGUGAGCGCCCCAGUGGCCACUUUGGUCAGGCAGCACAUGGCCGACAUCGAGGAACCUGGCUUUACGUACCGGCCACUCAACGGUGAUGAGAGACGCAAACAGGUAACCUACCUGGUGCAGCUAGCAGGCCAAGCGUGCCGAGCGAUCAACAGACAGCUCGAGCAGAAACUUGGUGUCACGGGUCACCAGGACAGCGUCAGUGCUCAGCAGCACGACCACCUCAGCAGAGCCAGCAGCAGCACUAGCAGCAGUUCGUGGUGGGGCCUGCUGAAGCGUGGUGCCCGGCGGGUCCUGAGCUCGCUCCUUUCACCCGGGGCCCCCGACGAAGUGGCCGAGUGGAAGCGGACACAAAACUACUUGCGUGCUUCCGUUGACGAGCUCUGCCAUGCCUUCAAGCUGAACAAGGAUGCAGAGCUGUCUGCCUUGCCUCCGGACUCUGGCCGUGAGCUGGUGUCGUUGUUUGCAUCGUCACGCGACGUGACUGACUCUGUCAGGAGGCAGAAUGGCUUCCGGCAGAAUGGCUUCCAGCACUGCCUCGACGACACUAAAGCGUACACCUACCAGGGAAACCCCGACAUGGAGCCCAUUCGUAGCUACGAGGUUGUCUUCCUGGUCCGCAUGUUGCACCUGCUGUCCACCGCCGUCAACGACAAGUAUGGACACCAGCUGGAGUCGCUGUACAACAGCCCUCACUUUGUGGGCCACGUGGCACGUCUGCUGCUGCAGCCGCCCACUGUCUACAAGGAGGUGGUCAAGAAGGGGGUCGGUAUGCCGUACGACUACCACCAACAUAGGCUACCUGCCCGGCUCUGCCUGCGGACGCUGGCUCACAAGCAGUUCAUCGGCUACCUGUGCGUCCUGCUGUUUCUGGGCUACACUUGGGACUACAGCCCCUUCACAGUCUGCCUCAUUGUGCUGGAGUGCUUUAGCGUUGGCCUGCUGCUCCGAGCAACGUGGUCCUGGGGAGUGCAGCGUCUGCCGUGGCGCCACCACCAGGCCGUGGACUGAGUUGCACUAGUGGUCGGUUAUCAUCUUAGUCUGGCAUGUCGAGUCGGUUGGUCCAAUGGUGACCACACAGCUUUUACAUGUACAUUAUGGUGCCAAACUUUGUCAGCAGCGCCUAACAGUGGAGAUGUUUGGUUUGUCGACGAAGAAUGCCCCACGGAAGCGCACAGGACACACUUAAAACAGCUGACUGACUGUUUCCAGUACUCUGAAAUGUCGCUACAGAUGGUGAUUACUGUACAUAAACAGGGUAUUUAUUGGAACGACUUCCGUGUGGUCUUAAUUUUUCAAAGCAGACCGGAAGGCUCAGGCUUAUUACUGACUUCACAAGCAGUUGUACGGACACUGACAUUUACUGUUGUGCUUGUUGUUUCUCUAAAUACAUGUAAUGACACAUAUGUAAGUGAAGCAUUUUAAGUUAUUAAGGCUGAGUACAUUGUGGGUUUGUGUUUGCCUUGAAUACACUGAUGCAUUUAGUAAUAAGACCGUGUUGGAAGUGGUGCAGCACAAAAAGAUAUAGGAAGGGGCGUUGACACGAGCCCCCGUGUAUUUUGUUGAUAUGGGUGUUGCGAGUAUCACUUCAUCUAAUCGGUCCGAGUAGCAACGGGCAAACAUGACUGUGCGCACUGUUGGAUGGGAAGUGCCUUUUGAUAUUAGUGUAAGCGCACAAUGAAUAAAAUAUCUUU